CAUGGACGUUAGGCUAAUAACAUGGUGACUGUUGUGCCAGGCAUAAGUCUUGCAACAGAUAGGCCUAGGCUAGGGUCCUAGAUCAUUAAAAUUUAAAUGACUUCUUGGGCAUGGGAGUUCACUAUUGCUAUAUAGAUCUAAAAUGUAUAGGCCUACAUGUAGAAAAGUGUAAGCUAGGAGAGAAAAACUUGGACUCGAGUGAGGGGUUAUGGUAUUCAGAUUGAGCCCGGGGAAUGUGUAGAAACGAUAAGCUAGUAGAUCAUUAUCACUGUAGGCUACAUUUGUACAUUGCCUAUGACAAAAAUGAUGAAUUGAAUUUGAUUGAAUUCAAUGAAAUUCAUUUUCGAAAAUACAUAGGCUAGGAAAUAUCCAUUGAAUGAUUGAUCACAGAACACUUUGAAAUGUGACAUGUUGAUGAGCUUUAGGUGCAAUAGAGAAAUAACUAUACUACAGAAACAUACAACCAAUACAUUGAAUACAACGAAACUUACCAAAUAAUUUCAGAUCUAAACAUGCGCCAUUUUGUACCACGAAGCCUAGUCACUGCUUAAAAAAUAACUCGUGUGUUAUAUCAACGCAUUUUAUUGCCAGUACCAUUAAAUAGUGUGAAAUAAAGAAUAAACUUGAAUAAUAUCAAUAAUAAUAAUAAUAAAACGUAUAAAUAAAUAUGUGUUUAUAGUUUUGUAUGUGAUUAAUGAUUUAUCAACCUUUAGAGCGUAAUAAUUUAUUCUAAUUUAUGACGUAACACGCGACUGCCGAACUACAUACAAUCGCGAUUGGACGACACAGAUUAAUCCGUGAAUACAUGAAUAUAUUAUCUCCUAACCGCAUGACAAUGUCACAACAAACCCAA